GAUCCAUAACCGCUGGGGCCAAACUCUCAAAGAUGGCCGGCUGGGAUCGGUGAAUCGGUUCGCGCAAGCGACCGCGUGUUUCCGCUGUUUACCGCGGGUAGUAUUUAUUUUUUCGAGCUUUUUUUAGUGCUGGGCAGAGCGAUGGAUCGAGCUCGGAGGAACUACGCCAACCAGAGCGCGAGGCUAGCGGCCCAUCGCUUGAACCAAACCGUAGAUUAAGUGCUGCUGUAUGUCAUCCAAAACACUUCUCGGGUAACGGAGAAUGAAACACAACAUGGCUGCGUCUCUCAGUUCACAGGAAGAGCAGCUGGUGAAGGAAUUUAUGAAAGUGGUGAAUGAGCAGAGGUUGAGUCACAGUGCGGGGCCCCUGACGUGGAACGCUGCUGUCAAAUUUAUGAUGGCCCGAAAGUUUGACGUUCGUCGAGCCCUAUCCCUGUACGAAGCUCACGAGAUGACUCGAUAUCGAGAAGGGCUGUGCACUUUUGACCCUACAACUGAUCCCUUAAAAGGGGAACUGGAAACUGGGAAGUUCACAGUCUUGCCGACACGAGACAGUUCCGGAGCUGCCAUCACCAUGUUCACAGCGAGCAAGCACUGGCCAUUGCAGAGUUCGCACAAGGUCACCCUGCAAGGUGUUGUCUACCAGCUAGACGUGGCCUUGGAGAGCCUCGAAAGCCAGAGGUGCGGGAUAGUGUUCAUAUACAACAUGACCGGCUCAAAGUACCAGAACUUUGACUACGAGCUCAGCCAAAAGAUAUUGAAUCUUCUCAAGGGCGCCUACCCAGCAAGGUUGAAGAAAGUCUUGAUUGUUAACGCGCCAUUGUGGUUCAAGGCACCAUUCCGAAUACUUCGCCUUUUUGUCAGGGAAAAGCUCAGGGACAGGGUAACUACAGUUAGCCUGGAACAGCUAGGUGCACACAUUCCAUACACUUCAUUGCCUCGAGAGCUUGGAGGAAGCCUGGCUAUCAACCACAAGGCCUGGCUGCUUCAUUGUCUCAAGUCCAUGGCUAACAGGUACAACUUAUCAAGCGAGGUGCCAGUACCACCGGCUGUGCUGCCGGCCAAUCCUGCCGAACCCGUCGAAAACGAUGUUGUGGCAGGGGAGGUGACAGAGGAGGAGGAGGAAGAAGAGGCCUCUUCUGCAGCGCAGCCAGCAGCCAUUGAAACGCAAAACUCCGUCCAAGAGAAGCAGAACUGUGAGGAACGUGAGAAGGAGGUUGAAGUGAUCAAGGAGCCUGUGAAAACCACCGCAGCAAAUGAAGAACCUGCUGAGCAGACGAGGGUCGCCGCAGCUUCACCUGAACUUGUCAUAGAAGAGGAGGAAGACGAGAAGUGCCCUUCCUCAUCGUCAGUGUCUUCUUCAUCUCAGUGGGAUGAAGGUACUGCCAAUGGUGAACACAAGGACGGUGCCGUCACAUUGGAGGAGUUCAUCAGCCAACUUCAAGUCAAAGGUCGUCGUGGCUUGUAUCAGGAAUAUUCUGAAUUAAAAGCAAAAAGUCCCGAGGGCACCUUUGUCACUGCAAGAGUGAAACCGAAUCAGUGCAAAAAUAGGUACACGGAUGUGCUCUGUUUUGACCACAGCAGAGUGAUUCUGUCCAUGAGGAAUGAAGACGACUGCAGCACGUACAUCAAUGCCAACUUUGUAGAUGGUUACCGCCAAAAGAAUGCUUUCAUAUCAACACAAGGACCUUUGCCAAAGACAUACACAGACUUCUGGCGAAUGAUCUGGGAGCAGCGCUGUGCAGUAAUUGUGAUGACGACAAGAACCUUUGAAAGGGGACGGGGUAAGUGCGGCCAGUACUGGCCGCCUGGGGAGCCUGGUGCCUCCAUAGAGCUCGAAGACCUGUUCAAGAUCACCGUCUUGGCCAAGGACCCUAAGCCAGAUUAUGUGGAAACGCAAUUGGAACUGUUCAACUGUGAGAGCCAGGAGUCCCGCUCCGUGAGUCACCUGCAGUUUACAAGCUGGCCGGACUAUGGUGUGCCCGACUCUGCCUUGGCCAUGCUGGCGUUUCGGGGAGUGGUCCGUGAGAAGCAGGCGCAGGCUGUGUCUUCUAUGGAGCCCAAGUGGGAUGGCCAUCCCCUAGGGCCACCCAUCGUAGUUCAUUGCCGUGCCGGAAUUGGCCGUACCGGAACAUUCAUUACCUUAGACAUUUGCAUCAAGCAGCUGGAGGAAGAGGGAAGAGUGGAUGUUCGCUCUACAGUGGAACGAAUUCGUUCCCAGCGUGCGUUUAGCAUUCAAAUGCCCGACCAAUACGUCUUCUGCCACCUUGCGCUGCUUGAGUUUGCCCUACUCCGCGGGCUGCUUCAAGACGUGGCUCUGGAUGGCUUCGACGAUGACGACGACCGUGAUGGCUCGGACUCUGAGUGAUUAUGUCUGCGCAUUGUUCUGCUGUAGAACUUAUUAUUUUUUAAUGUAAUUUUCUCGUCGCAAACUUGUGGCUCCGGUCGUAUAGUCACGAUCGUGGCACCGACCUAGCGAUACGUUUCACUUUUGCCUCUGUAGUUGGGUUGAGGUAUACAAACGUCUAAUCUAACUAAUGUCGUACCUUAUAUAUAACUCUAAAAAGCCU